GGAAGUUCCUGGAAGCUGGCCCAGGUCUCUUACGUGAUAUGUUUCUGGAUCAUCCUCUCCCGCUGUAGGAGAAGGCGGCACGCGGCAGAUUGCAAAUCACUGCCCGCCACAACCAACGGGAGCGACGCUCUCCCGCCCAUCGCUCGAAGUAGUAUGUUGCUCCCCUCCGGGCAGUGCUCCGCCGCACCGGCCGCGAUGGUUCGCGUGGACAGCGCCACGGACAUCCCCGCGGACGUGUACAAAGAGUUCUACCAAGCAGGGCGCCAAGCCAGGAGGCACACCGGGCAGCACACCCAGACCAUCUCUGGCGGGUUCUUCCUCGAGACGCGCCACUUGGUCCAGUCCCAGGCCUCGCCCGUCCGGCGGGGCGCCGCAGGGCGGGCGAGGGGAGCCGCCGCUUGUGGCGCGUGCAGGCAGCCCCGCCAGCCUCCGGCGAGGCGCGCGCCCGCCUGGGCCGAGCGCGAGGAGCCUCAGGCCAUCUCGCUGCCGAUUAUUGCCCGGGGGGUUUACGCGUCCUCGUUCAGGAGCGACCGGGACAGUCCACGCGGCAAGGGCACGAGCUUCGAGGACAUGAUGUCCCGGUGGAGCUCCGCGAUGGCGAAUGCUGCCAGGGCGCCUCCCACCGAAGCUGGCGCGCCAGCGACGUCCGCGCCGCCCAGCAGCUCGACGACGCCCAGGGCGGCGCUGGAGCUGGGGCUCUGCACCCUGCGGGACCGCGGGGAGGAGUCCGCGGCGUGAGCACCGCGCGAACGCCGCGUGCGUGACGCCUGGCGACAACGGAGGGAUCGGCGCUUUCCGGAGGGGGGAGGACGCCCGCAUCACCGCAGCGCUCGGCUUGCUCGCACGAGCCGGCAGCCACAAUGAGCUCUCGCGGCCGCACCCGCAACGGGAAGAGUUUGGGAGGGACUGGGGGGGACUGCUCGCACCAGUCGGCAGCCUCAGUGAGUCUCUGUAGCGGCGCCCGUGCCCGUGAUGGGCGACGCAGUUCAGGGAGCCUCCGGCCACGCAGCCGGGGAGGGAGCGCACGCAGGCGCGAAAA